AUGAAUGGACCCGGCUAUCCUCUCUCCCACCAAUCUGGUGCGAGCCAACUUUUCCCUGCGAAUUCUCCAGCGUUUACUUCGACGUCUCUCACUUCGGCGCCAGCAUACGGAGCAGUCACAAAUUGGGAUUCAAAUGCCUGCUCCAUCUAUGCCUCCCGAAACAUCCUCGACCUCACGGUCGCCUUCGGGCUGGAGCGCGCCAUUGAGACAGACCAGCCGCCCAUGCCGCUGUCGCCGCGGAAGGUGCAGGUGGCGAUCAUCCUACCCUAUCCGAGUGACGAUCGCCGUCCACGAGGAAUUACCGUUCCAACCGAAAUCCCAAAGAUCUUGCAUAUAUCAGAAAGAGACGUUCCUGGUGUCGCAAAACGGUCCCGAAGUGAGCUUUCUGAAAACGUUCGAGAGCCCACUUUAUCGGUUCAGCCGGAACGAUGGGAAGCAGAGGUGACUUUUCCUCAGGGUCGAACGGGACAAGGUGGUAACUGGAUGCGCCACCGGGAUUGUACCUUUGCGACGGCCCAUGUAUUUGAUUUGACACAUCGCCGGCAAGCGAGAACAUCGCCCACUUUCUGCCCCAAUACCAAGCACGAUUCCGACACUGAAGAUGAGGACUUUCUUCUACUGGCUGGCUAUGCUGGUAUCCACGGUGGCAAGAGUUUGCUCACGAUGCGGCAGUAG